AUGGAUGAAAUUGACUACGGAGAUGCAAGCAAAUAUGCAAAUGAUGCUGCAAUUGAAAUGGCUUGGGCUACGAAGGCUGCAGAGCGCGCCAACGUGCAUAUGAACCUAUUGAUGUGUUGCGAUACGAGAGCACUUAGGCUGAAUAAGCUCCAGGAUGUCAUUCAUACAUCCUUUCGGAAUUCCUUCCCCGACCUGGACGUUCAUAAGGUUACAGAAGUCGAGCUUAAGCACGAUGGUAUGAAAGAGAAAUGGCAUGAAUUUUGCGAACAUUUCAAAGAGGUUUGUUUCUCGUGCCAUAUAUUUUUUUGUAUCACAGCCGUCUUCAUUAUUUGUGAAAUAAAGUUUAUCAAUAUGAAACAUGACUCAAAACCUACAGCUUUCAGUGAAGUAUAACU